AUGUUCGCCCUUGUUUUGGCUUACCUGCAGAUGAUUUUGUUUAAGGCUCUGUAUUUCAUCAGAAACCAUGACAAGAACCUGAUCUGCAACUCGGUGGCCUUCAAAGACCACCCGGAGGCGACCAUCAACCUGGAGUCCCCCGAGUGCGGCCUGUCCGGAGGUAUCCUCCGCGACCACCACACCUGCUUGGACGAAGACGGCCAGGGAAAGCUUCCCGAGUUGCGUUGGAACUUGCCUCCUACUGGCCAGGUCGCCGAAUUUGUUCUCAUUGUCGAAGACCCCGACGUGCCUAUUCCUUUCAUGGUCUUCACUCACGGACUCUUCUUCGGCAUUCCCGCCACUUGCCUCGCUGCCUACAACGAAGACGUCGAGAAGAAUUGCAAUGUCGAUGGUCGUGUGACUUACGCCGGCUGGCACUUCGUUCCCAACCUCCUCGGCUCUGCUUAUGUCGGUGCUGCUGCGCCCUAUGGUCACGGCUUCCACCGCUAUGUCUUCACCAUCGUGGCCUUGAGUGAGCCUCUGCAGUUCGUCAAGCCUGACAAGGUCACUGUCGGCAUCAUGAAGGCCGCUUUGGUCGACAAGGUCCUCGCCUGGGGCCAGUGGGUCGGCCAUUUCAAGCGCCCCCUCCCUCGUUAA